AUGAGCCGCCUGUAUAGCUACAUUUUCGGCAACCGCCAGCAGCAGGAAAUGGAGUCGAGGCUCCAGCUAAUGGAGAAGAAGUUGGAGGAGGCCGAGAUCAUGGGCAGAUAUCGUGAUGCCAAGCUUAUCGCCCUUUUAGACCGAAUCGAGAACCUUGAGGCCGAGUUCAGGAGGCACAAGACCGCUUCUCUCCAGCAAACAACGGCUCUGGAAGAGCAGCUUGUCCAUGCACGCCAGGCACGUUCCAACUCGAUCGUCCAGCCUCUGCAGCCAAUCACAGACACCGCCGAACUCAAGCCAGCAAUAGCCUUUGCUGAUGUAUUUCUCGUCGAUUUUCAGACAGCACAACCACUCGCCGCGCUCAAGCUUACCGAUUGCAUCUCCCCAGCAAGGCUUGGGCAGGGCUCGAACAUCUCGGCGGCGUGUCUCGAAGAGCCCUUCUUGAAGAACAAGCUGAAGGCUAUCCUCGAAGCCUAUGGCCAGCCAGCUCCGCCUGAUGCCUCGCUCUAUCGUUGCGACACGAUGUGCCGCAUCCACGAUUCGGAAGAACUCGGAAUAAGCGCAACAGACAUGUAUAUGAGCAAUGAGAAGGGUCAGAUGGCCUAUUGCCUGUGCGGCGGCAUUUUUCCACGAGGACCUACCGCUGCUCUGCGUGCCCUUCUAGGCACUCUCAAAGUCCGCCUCCCGGAGAAGACGGGGUGA